CACAACCAGCUUUUUACUCACAUUUCCGUCCCGCCCACCUCUCCGCCUCAAAAAUCGCCCAUGCAAAGAUAACCCAUCUGCCAAACAGUUCCCUCCUUCAAUUCCUUUCACUAUAUAUCUCUGCUCAUUCCUAUGAGACAUUCUUGACCCCAUCUCUCUCUUUUUUGUGAACUAGGUUUUUUUCUUUCUUCCUUCUAGUCUUGCGUGUCACCAAUCAUCAGUUUUGGCAUUGGUCGAUUUUAACAGAUUACCUCAACUUCAGUGAUUUAAGUUCUCUGUGGAACUAGAAAUGGAGGGAGGGACGAACAGUAAUUCAAGCAGGUUCUUUCAACGCUUGUGGAUGUAUAUUCGAAAAUUUUUGUUUAGUAUUCUAUGUGUUGGUCCCAUUCCCGACCACAUUGCCUUUAUCAUGGAUGGGAACCGAAGGUAUGCUAAGAAGCAAAAACUUGAAGAAGGGUCCGGCCAUAAAGCCGGUUUUUUAGCACUGAUGUCUCUGCUGAAGUACUGCUAUGAAUUGGGGGUGAAGUACACAACGAUCUACGCGUUCAGCAUUGAUAAUUUCAGAAGGCGACCCGAAGAGGUUCAAUAUGUCAUGGAUCUAAUGCUGGAGAAGAUUGAAGGGUUGCUCAAGGAAGAGAGUAUUGUGAAUCAAUUUGGAGUGAGAGUGAGUUUUGUAGGAAACUUAAAACUUUUGAACGAGGCUGUGAGGGUUGCAGCUGAAAAGGUAAUGAUAGCCACGGCUAAUAACACGAAGACCAGGUUAUUGAUCUGUGUGGCCUAUACUUCAUCCGAUGAGAUAGUGAAUGCUGUUCAAGAAUCUUGCAGAGAGAAAUGGCAUGGGAUCAAAGCAUUAAAUGGCAUGAAGAAUGAUGAGAUUCAAGCAUUGGAUGGUGAGAUGAGCGAAGAAUAUCAAGAGAAAAAUCCGGGUAUAAAACUGGUAGAUCUUGAAAAGAACAUGUACAUGGCUAUAGCACCUGAUCCGGAUAUUCUGAUCCGAAGUUCAGGGGAGACCCGUCUGAGCAAUUUUCUUUUAUGGCAAGCAACCAACACUCUCUUGUGUUGCCCAAGAGCGUUGUGGCCAGAGAUGGGUCUGUGGAAUUUGGUGUGGGCAGUAUUGAAAUUCCAGCGGAACUACUCGUACAUGGAGAAGAAAAAGAAGCAGCUAUAACAAUCUAUUUGAUAUCGCCACAGUUUUUUGUGUCGAUUGACUAGAAGUCUUUUCCCCUUGGUCCACAAAACCUUCUGCAAUUGUGCAACAAAAUACACUUCCUGAUCUGCAACUACUUCAGUUUGUUAGGUUCAUAUUGCAUUAUGUACUAGUAGUCUCAGCAAUAGUUAGCAUGUAUGCUAUUUUAUCAUUGAAAAAGCUUUCAAUCUAGGUACUUAUUUUAUAUGCAAUGCGCUUGUGUUUGUACACCCCAAUUUGAAUAUACAAUAAGUGUUCACACUUUUGACUUUAA